UCCUCGGGCACAGCCAAUCAAUUCCCAAGAAACUACAAGAGGAAACUUUGGAGAUUUCGAAAGUACCAAGGAGAGGAAGCACCCACUGAGCUCUCAUCACCCCCGGGUCCGGAGGAAUCCGCUCUGUGUAGGGACCAUGAACCGCACUUUGCAGCAGUUCUUCGCUGGCCCCCAGGCCGGAGUCCCCCCAUCCUUUGAUGUGGUCAAGGAGGAGCACGAGGUGGCCGUGCUGGGGGCUCCCCAGAUCUCAGCGCCCGUGGUGUCCACCGUGGUCAACAUCCAGCCUGAGACCGCCGUGCCCGACCACAUCGUCUGGUCCCUGUUCAACACGAUCUUCUUCAACGUCUGCUGCCUGGGCUUCGUGGCGUUCGCCUACUCCGUGAAGUCCAGGGACCGGAAGAUGAUGGGCGACGUGAUUGGGGCCCAGAGCUACGCGUCCACCGCCAAGUCCCUGAACAUCGCGGCCCUGGUCCUGGCCCUCCUCGGGACCAUAGGAUCCAUUGUUCUUGUGUUGUUUCUAAUGCCGGCAGUCUAUCGUUUAAUAGCACUAGGCAGGCAGGGUGGAGAAGGCUAUUAGUUAUCAUCUCCGUCAUGGUAAUUUUCAUCAUUGACUGGCUCACUGAUAAUGUGGAAGAAAUUUUGAUGUCAUGAGGAGUUAUGAGGCUUCUGGUGGCUGCCCAUAGCCUGAGGCUGUCACCUCUACACAGCUGUUCAUACCCACAUGCGCCCCCAACCGAAUGCAAUAAAGGACAUGCACCUGACAA